AUGGCCCCACAAAGUGAGGAUAUUCUAAAUGAAGGCAACGCUUCUUUUGAUGAGAAUAUUCGAAUAAAGUCAGGCAAAAUUUUGGCUGAACCUAAUCCAGGCGAGGAGGUUGUGAUUUCCGGGUUGUCUGGUAAAUAUCCAGAAUCAAGGAAUGUAUAUGAAUUCCGUGAUAAUCUUUUUAAUAAGGUUGAUAUGGUGACUGAUGAUAAUCGCAGAUGGAACCCAACCCACCCAGAAAUUCCUCAACGCACUGGAAAAUUAUACGACAUCGACAAAUUUGACUCCAGUUUCUUUGGGCUGAUCGAGUGAUGAUUGCAAACCGUGUCAGCUAUUACUUGAAAUUGAGAGGUCCAUCUAUGGUCUGC